CCAGCCUGGGUUCACUGGAGCUUAAGCAUUACGGCAGGAAAACUUCCAUCUCGCUCUCCUGGCUUUCAUCCUCACUGGACAUCAGACCAGAGGCUCCGAAGGGAGGGAGGAUGCGAGAUGACCGGCCCUUUGGCAACCUGACCAUCGACUUAGCUGAGCCUUUCAAAGCAAGCCAGGGGCUGGCUGCACGACCAAGGAGGCGCCGCGCCUCUCCUGGAUGUGUGUGUGUGAUCGAGUGAGUGUGUGUGCGUGUGAGUGAGUGAGGGGUGUGUGUGUAGAUGCCUGUGUGCACAUCACAACUGUGUGUAAGCGUGUCUGGAUGAGUGUACGCAUGCACACGUGAGUGUUUGUGUGUGUAUGUGGGUGUGAGUGCUCUUGGCUGUUAUUAUUUUUUUUUUUUUGGAAGAAAAAUCUUGAAAAUCUGGGGCAGGUUACUGUGCUCCUAGGGUGAUUCUUCUUUUGCAAGAGGAGCUGCAAGCCACUAAAGCCAUUUCUCUGCGAGAAAAGAGAAUUUUCCUCCCAGAAGGAGAAGGAUUUUCACCCCUGCUCUGCAGCCAAAAGAGAGAUUAGCCCCUAAACCUUGUGAAAUCGACCAGAGCCGUAUGAUUACCAGGGCUUGAGAGAGGACUCAGGAAGAAAAGGAGAAAUAAAUCAAACAGUCUGUCAGUUCCUUUGGCCACGGAAGAUGUCAUCUCAAACUAAGUUCAAGAAAGACAAAGAGAUCAUUGCCGAAUAUGAAGCGCAAAUAAAAGAGAUCCGCACGCAGCUGGUGGAGCAGUUCAAAUGUCUGGAGCAACAAUCGGAGUCACGGCUGCAGCUGCUUCAAGACCUCCAGGAGUUUUUCCGCCGGAAAGCUGAGAUUGAGCUCGAGUACUCCCGCAGCCUGGAGAAACUGGCUGAGCGGUUCUCCUCCAAAAUCCGCAGCUCCAGAGAGCACCAGUUCAAGAAGGACCAGUACCUCCUCUCACCUGUGAACUGUUGGUAUCUGGUUCUGCAUCAGACCCGGCGGGAAAGCCGAGAUCAUGCCACCCUCAAUGACAUCUUCAUGAACAAUGUCAUCGUCCGCCUCUCCCAGAUCAGUGAGGAUGUCAUCAGACUCUUCAAAAAGAGCAAGGAGAUUGGCCUGCAGAUGCACGAGGAACUCCUGAAGGUGACCAAUGAGCUCUACACAGUCAUGAAAACCUACCACAUGUACCACGCGGAGAGCAUCAGUGCGGAGAGCAAGCUCAAGGAGGCCGAGAAGCAGGAGGAGAAGCAGUUCAACAAGGCAGGCGACCUCAGCAUGAACCUGCUCCGGCACGAGGACCGGCCUCAGCGCCGCAGCUCCGUGAAGAAGAUCGAGAAGAUGAAGGAGAAGAGGCAGGCAAAGUAUUCUGAGAACAAGCUGAAAUGCACAAAAGCCCGGAAUGACUACUUGCUGAAUCUGGCAGCCACCAAUGCAGCUAUAAGCAAAUACUACAUCCACGAUGUCUCCGAUCUAAUCGAUUGCUGUGAUUUGGGCUUUCAUGCCAGCCUGGCCCGCACCUUCCGGACCUACCUCUCAGCUGAAUACAACCUGGAGACCUCCCGCCACGAGGGGCUGGACGUCAUUGAGAAUGCAGUGGACAACCUGGAUUCCCGAAGUGACAAGCACACCGUCAUGGACAUGUGCAACCAGGUCUUCUGUCCUCCACUUAAGUUUGAGUUCCAGCCCCACAUGGGGGAUGAGGUGUGCCAGGUCAGCGCUCAACAGCCUGUCCAGACAGAAUUGCUCAUGCGAUACCACCAGCUGCAGUCCAGACUGGCCACUCUCAAGAUAGAGAAUGAGGAGGUUAGGAAAACCCUGGAUGCCACCAUGCAGACCUUACAGGACAUGCUGACCGUGGAGGACUUUGAUGUCUCCGACGCCUUCCAACACAGUCGAUCUACAGAGUCCGUGAAGUCGGCUGCCUCUGAGACCUACAUGAGCAAGAUCAACAUUGCCAAAAGGAGGGCCAACCAACAGGAAACAGAGAUGUUUUAUUUUACAAAAUUCAAAGAAUACGUGAAUGGCAGUAACCUCAUCACCAAGCUGCAGGCCAAGCACGACCUCCUCAAGCAGACCCUGGGCGAAGGAGAAAGAGCAGAGUGCGGCACCACCAGAGGAAGAAGAAAUGCUCGAACCAGGAACCAGGAUUCGGGACAAGCUAUACCGCUUGUAGUCGAGAGCUGCAUCCGAUACAUCAAUUUAUAUGGACUUCAGCAGCAGGGGAUCUUCAGAGUGCCAGGAUCUCAGGUGGAAGUCAAUGACAUCAAAAAUUCCUUUGAGAGAGGUGAGGACCCCCUGGUGGAUGAUCAAAAUGAGCGUGAUAUCAACUCAGUUGCUGGCGUUUUAAAACUGUAUUUCCGAGGACUGGAAAACCCACUCUUUCCUAAGGAAAGGUUUCAAGAUUUGAUAUCUACUAUUAAACUGGAGAACCCAGCUGAGAGGGUGCACCAGAUCCAACAAAUCCUCAUCACCCUUCCCCGCGUGGUCAUCGUGGUCAUGAGAUACCUCUUCGCUUUCCUCAAUCACCUCUCUCAGUAUAGCGACGAGAACAUGAUGGAUCCCUACAACCUGGCCAUCUGCUUCGGGCCCACCCUCAUGCACAUCCCUGAUGGGCAGGACCCUGUGUCCUGCCAGGCACACGUCAAUGAAGUCAUCAAAACCAUCAUCAUCCAUCAUGAAGCCAUCUUCCCCAGCCCCCGGGAGCUAGAGGGACCUGUGUAUGAAAAAUGCAUGGCUGGAGGGGAAGAAUAUUGUGACAGCCCACACAGUGAGCCAGGGACAAUUGAUGAAGUUGACCAUGACAACGGCACCGAGCCUCAUACCAGUGAUGAAGAAGUGGAGCAGAUUGAGGCUAUCGCCAAGUUUGACUAUGUGGGACGGUCCCCACGUGAGCUGUCCUUCAAGAAGGGGGCCUCACUGCUCCUCUACCACCGCGCCUCGGAGGACUGGUGGGAGGGCCGGCACAACGGCGUGGACGGACUCAUCCCUCAUCAGUACAUAGUGGUGCAGGACAUGGAUGAUGCCUUCUCCGACAGCCUGAGCCAGAAGGCUGACAGCGAGGCCAGCAGCGGACCACUGUUGGAUGACAAGGCCUCCUCCAAAAAUGACCUCCAGUCCCCCACAGAGCACAUCUCGGAUUACGGCUUUGGGGGGGUGAUGGGCCGAGUGCGGUUACGAUCCGAUGGAGCGGCUAUCCCCAGGCGCAGAAGCGGUGGCGACACACACAGCCCACCACGGGGCCUGGGCCCUAGCAUAGACACGCCACCCCGGGCUGCUGCCUGCCCCAGCAGCCCCCACAAAAUCCCCCUCACCCGAGGGAGGAUCGAGAGCCCCGAGAAGCGGAGGAUGGCGACGUUUGGGAGUGCCGGCAGCAUCAACUACCCUGACAAGAAGGCGCUCUCCGAAGGGCACUCCAUGAGGUCGACCUGCAGCUCCACAAGACACAGCAGCCUAGGGGACCACAAGUCCCUGGAGGCUGAGGCCCUGGCAGAAGACAUCGAGAAGACCAUGAGCACGGCUCUGCACGAGUUGCGGGAACUCGAGAGGCAGAACACGGUCAAGCAGGCGCCGGAUGUGGUGCUGGACACCCUGGAGCCCCUGAAGAACCCGCCAGGCCCCAUCAGCUCGGAACCCGCCAGCCCCCUGCACACCAUCGUCAUCCGCGACCCCGAUGCCGCCAUGCGUCGCAGCAGCAGCUCCUCCACCGAGAUGAUGACCACCUUCAAGCCGGCCCUGUCCGCCCGCCUGGCCGGCGCCCAGCUGCGCCCGCCCCCCAUGCGGCCCGUGCGGCCAGUGGUCCAGCAUCGGUCCAGCAGCAGCAGCAGCUCGGGCGUGGGCAGCCCGGCCGUGACGCCCACCGAGAAGAUGUUCCCCAACACCUCCGCAGACAAGUCGGGCACCAUGUGACCUGAGGACCGGCGGCCCCGCCGCGGCCCACCGUGGCUCAGCGCGGCCCAGGGUGGCCGGGUGGCUUCCACGGGCUUCCCAGUGAUCCCGGCGGCCUUGUGGGGCAGCGGUCAGGCUGGGGGCGCCGAGCGUCCUUGCAGAGCCGAGGGCCAGGCGCUGGCUGCGGCUCACCUUCAGCCAUGGGAAUCCCACGGACCUCUCUCCUGUGUGAACGGACACCCCGAGGAGUGCUGGAGCAAGAGCAGCCCCACCAGUGUUCCCCAAGAUCCAGGCAAAGUGCUACGUGGCUCUCCGCAUAUCACUGGAAUUCCUCUCGACGUGCUCUCUGCAGACCUAUAUGUGUGUGUAUAUGUGUGUGCGAUAUACACAUAUAUGUACGGAUGUGUCAGUAGGUGUGUGUGUAUAUAUAUAUAUUUAUGCAUCUCUAUACAUAUACUAGAUUUGGACACACACAUACUAAAUGUAUAUAGUAUCUCCUUUUUCUUUUUAUGAAACUUAGAUUUACCUCAGACCCAUGCCACCAAACAUCUCCCACUGAGUUAUUUGGUGGGAUUUGCAGGGACUUUUCUGGGAGAAUUUAGAAGCCCAUAGUAACUGCGAGUGAAGCAAUAGACCACUAACCUGCAGAAAACACAACCAGUCUCCCACUGUCUCCAGAAGUCGUGGCCUUCCAGAACAGUCUGCCCCUCACAGAGGGUGGGGCAGGCAGCACCCCAAGCAGGCUGCUCCUAGAGGUGGGGAACCCUUCAUAGAAAACAGUCCCCUCCCCCCACCUACCCCAGAGACCCUGCCCAUCCACCCGGAGGCCAAAGGCCAACUGUACCCCCGAAGGCAUGGGAGAAGUUGGCGAGAAGACCCCUGACCACCGCAUCCUUGUGUUUGUGUGUAGAAACGGGAUAGUGAAAACCUAAGCCCCGUCUGUAGCACAGUAUUACACGUGGUUGGGAAAAAAAAAAAAAAUACAGUGGUGUGGAAUACUUCAAAACCUAGAGACGCUGUAGGAAUAAAUCUGUGGUAACUAUAGAGGUUUAACUUAUAUCAUUCUCAAAAUAUUUAAAUUUUUCUUUUCCUCGUUCUACUAAUUAUAUUGUGUCAGAUUUGGAACUAAACAGGCAAGGAGGCUUUGAGUCACAUCGCUUUCAUUUAAAAUCAGGCUGUGCGGCGCUUUGGCUGGUGCCCUCUUGCGUGAAGUGCACCAGCUGUAAGUGCCCAGUUCAGACCCGGGUGGAGCAGGGGAUUCUCCUUGGCACUUUCUGUCCCAGCGAACACUGAUGGUUCAGUUUAUACAAGAGAAAGAGCUUCACUCCCUCCCCUCUCCUAGUGAGUGUCCCCUUCCCCACUCCCUCCUGAGCAUUUGAAGUAGAUGAGAACAUGAUGAUAGAGACGGGUGCAUGAUCUUCAAGGAGAACUUGCCAGGUUCCGCCUCUCGGCUGGGAAAAGGCGUUUGGGUCACUCUUAUUAGAUUCCAUUUCACCAUUUCACCUCCUCCUUUGAGCUCUUGUUUUCCAGGGA